AUGGUGGUGAAUGUGGCUGGAUCACUACGAAAAGUCAUCAGCUUAAUCCUGUCGACGCCUCUUCAGCCACUUUCACUCAGUCACGGGGAUGUGAACGAUGAAAUCCGAUUGCUGUGUUGGAUUCCAUCGGCAUUCAGCACAUCCAACAGCCAUGCACAAAACGUCAUCCGAGAGACGUGGGGCAAACGGUGUGAUAAACUAUUGUUUGUUUACGCGAAUGGUGCUCAAUCAAAACAAGUGAAUGAGACAGAUGAUGCUGGAGUUAUCCGGAUAUUUAGAAGGACAACAUCUGAGGUGUUACAAUAUUUCUACGACCACCAUCUCAGUGAUUCGCAUUGGUUUCUUAAAGCUAACGAAAAGACUUACGUAGUGGUGGAACAACUGAAAGCGAUGUUGCCCGUUCAAAAUACUGGAACACCGUUUUAUUUGGCUGCCAACGAUAAGGAGCAUCCAUCGAUUAUUGGUGACGUGUAUAUAUUGAACAGAGAAGCCAUCCGCCGUUUAGUGCAUCACUUCCGUCAUCCCUACGUCCACCUGUCCUCUAAUGAAGCCGAUUGUAAAAAGUGGGCCCAUUUUCGGACUUCAGGUAAGAGUAGUGAUGCGUCGUCAACCUCCUUAAAUCGCGAGUGCCUAGUUCGAUUGAGUAUCGUUUCAUACAACACAAGAGACGAAAGAGGCUGUGAACGCUUUCUAUCCAACCGCCUUGCUACCGAGUUAGCUAAUCAUCAAAAUUCGGUACAUUCUGGAGACCGGUGCAUUUCGAAGACUGCGUUUAUCUUCCGAGAAGUUGAAACUAAUCAGUUUCAUGUUUUCGAACACAUGCUCUAUCGGCUUAAAAUUUCGCUGUAA